AAUUAAUUCUGACAACACUGACAACUAUGUAGAAUCACUUGUUCAGCAGUGUAAACUUGUACAAAAUUUUUGUAUUAUGUUACGUUACAUCCUUAUAAAAUUACCUGGUUUAACCUGCAUAUCGGACGCUCCUGUAUCAUCACCAUGUCAUGUUCGUAUGUUAAGAUCCCUAUCUCCAGUAAAACCCGAAUAUCGAGAAGAUAGAGGAAGAAACUGUUUCCCAAAGCACUUAUACAAGAGAUCCUAUUCAUAUCCUUCUGCUCGGCCGAAAACAGAAAAUUCAUCAGGUUCACGCCGAGGGCUCUAUUGUGGAACUAAUCCUCAGGAUACAAAAUGUGAACAAGUAAUACAUAGAAGAGAGUUGUCUCAGAAGAUGAGAAAACCCUCUACAAAACAGACGGGUCAAGUAGAAAGUGAAAAGCCCAAAGGAAGAACCCAAAAACCGAUGAAUCAUUCUAAGGAAUUUCUUUUGAGUGAAAAUGAAAUAGAUGAGAAAUUUUUUGAUACUUACGAGGUAUCUGAGCAAUACGAAUUAGAAGCUGCCAAGCCUCGCCGCAGUCAGAGCGAAUUGACAUUCAAUGUUUUUGAAUUGAUGGAAAAGCAGGAAAGAAGGCCUAAUCCUGUAGAACAUUUACAGCCCAAUAAUCUGAAACCCUUCGGUUCAACAGAGAAUGAUCAUAAUCCCACACUCAUGAAAAGUAAAUCGUCUACGUUCUUUCGUUUUCCUCCAGGUUAUGAAGAACCGGAACAAGUCAGUGCCGAUAAAAAACACAAGAGAUCUGAAGACAUUCAACAUAGAGAAUAUUCUACCAGUAGCAAGGCCGCCCUUUUCAGACUUGAAGAUCAUGUCGAGAUGAUUAAGAGUUUACCACCCAUAUCUGUAUCAAAAUAUGAUGUUAUCAGACCGCCAAGAUUUUAUACGCCAAAUAUCGGAAAUAUAGAACAAAAGCAAUCUGAAGGAGAUUUGACUAACAUUAAAAGUAGAGAACUCAAUAAAUUGGACUUUCCGUUCAAGAAUGAUUCUGAGAUGAACCCAAAAGAGCCAUUCAAGUUACCAUGGACAGAAAAUGAUUCUACCCAAUCACAUGCAAGUGAACCUGAUGAAAAAUCAGUUUCAGUCAUCAAGAAGCCUUUGGAGACACCUUGGCCUUCGUAUGCUGACAGAUUGAAGUCUAGUGUUAACGAAAAUGAUAUAAAAUCAGUCAAAAGUACAACUCAGCCUAACAUAAUAGAAAGUGCAUCAGAUCCAAUAUACAUAGAUAGACUCACUUCCAGUACAGAAAAAUUACAACAGAUCGGUAAACAAACUGACGAUAACUUCGUAAGACGACCCAGUUUCUUACAGAAAACUCCCGCUGUUUCACAAAAAAGAACCUUGAGUACAGAGCCACUAGUGACCUUGAAUUCAACUAAAUAUCCGGGAGCAGCAGUUUCCAAAAUGAAGCCAGUCAAAUUAACUCCUCAGGAGAAAUAUAAUAUUCAAUCGAAGAAAUACUCAAGAAAAUCGCGACCCCUGGAACCCGAGAGUUGCGAGAAAGAAAAACCACCUGACAAAUGUUUUCUUCCAUCUAAAAUUAGGCUCAAACCCUCACCUUGUACUCCCAAACCCAAACCUUGUCCAAAAGAAGAACCUUGUGUGAGAGCAGACGAUUGUCUCAAAAUUGAACCCAAGCGUUUACCAAAAAUUGCCCCGUCACCUUGUCCGUGUAUAGAACCAGAUGUGCCGGAUAUAAAUCCUAGAUUGAAAAGAUUACAGAUGAAAUUUCAAGAUCCUCCUAGAGAGUGUCCAUGUGAGACUUGCCCUUGUCCUUCAAGAGCUGAUGAUAGCUUAGUGGAGAAACCAAAGAAAUUGUUACCCUUGAAAGCUGGCGAGUGUGUUUGUGUAGAACCUCCACCAAUGGUCGAUGUACCUCUGAAAAGAUUACAAAAAGUUUGCAUUCCGGAAGAAAAGUGUAACCCUAUUGUUGAAUGUCCCAAGCCAGAACCGUGCAUUAGGGCUGAUGAUAGCUUGGAGGUGUGCGAAAAGACGUUACCCAAAUUGAAAGUUAGUCCAUGUCCCUGUAUAGAACAACCAAUACCAGAUAAAAAUCCAAAAAUUCGUAGGCUCAAAUUUAAGUUCAAAGAUCCACCAAGAAUAUGUCCUUGUGAGCCUAUUUGCCCAUGUCCACCCAGAGCCGAUGAUAAUAUCAUUGAGAAAUCUAAGAAACUUCCCCUGUAUAUACCAGGCGAUUGUGCCUGUAUUGAAUCACCUCAAAUGAUUGACGUUCCUUUGAAAAGACUUCAAAAAGUUUGCAUUCCUGAAGAAAAGUGCUACCCGAAGGAGGAGUGUGUCAAACUGGAACCUUGUAUCAGGGCAGAUGACUGUUUGAAAAUAGAAGAGAAAACCUUACCCGUUUUGAAACCCUCAGAUUGUGUUUGCAGAGAACCCUUCAUUCCCGAUAAAGUUCCAAAAAUGAAAAGAUUAGAGAUGGUUUUCGAAGACGAACCUAAAAUCCGUCCUUGUGAACCCGAAUAUUCUUGUUCACCACGAGCCGAUGACACGGUGCCACAAAAAAUAAAAAAAUUGCCUCAGUUAAUCGCUGGUGAAUGUCCGUGUGUAGAAUCGGCACCGUUGAUUGAUGUGCCUUUGAAAAGGCUUCAAAAAGUGUGUGUACCAGAAGAGAAGUGUAAGCCUAGAAGAAAAUGCCCACCACCGGAGCCAUGCAUCAGAGCGGAUGAUGAUUAUUGUGAGAAACUGAAGGAAUUGCCCAAAUUAGAAGCAAAAGUUUGUCCUUGUAUUGAGGAACCACCGAUGAAAGAAGCUCCUGUUCUCAAAAGAUUGAAUCUUAAAGUACCAGAACCUCCGAAAGUAUGUCCAAAACCGUGUACUUGCGAAGUAGACUGCCCACGUGCUGAUGAUCAAAUGAAAGACAAAAAGAAACCCCUUCCCAUUCUUAGAGCUGGUGACUGCCCGUGUAUUGAUAGACCAAUGGUUGAUGUUGGUCCACUGAAGAGAUUGAAAUGCGAAGAAGAACCGGAAGAGUGCGUCACAGUCGACCCGUGUAUAGACAUUCCAAGGGCUGACAUGGGAUGCUGGGAGUAUUGGACCCCAGAAAAGCCUAAAUGCAAAAGUGGCGACAAGACCAAGAAAAAAAGAGGUGUUAGUGUUAAUGCAGAAAGGAAAUUCAAUACAGAUUCCAGAGUUGAAUUGUUUGAUGAAAUGAAAAAAAUUAGGCAAAAUAGAGAGCAAACAGAAAGUCAUUCCAUGUUGUCGAAAGAGCCACAAUAUGAAAAAAACAAUCUUGGUGUGGAUUUUGAGGAGUUCAAUAGAGUGUCCGAUGUUUGGAAAGAGAAAAAUGGCUGGGUGAUAAAGAAACAGCCAGAAAUAAUAUAUGAAAGUCCAAAAAAUCAUGUUAGCAAAAAUCCUUUGCUGGAGUCAACACCAACGGUAUUUUUAUUGAAAAAACUCAUCAGUUCAGAGCAGGAAAAAUACAACAAAAGUAUAUGCAAUGCAGAACAGGGAAGAAACCUAGACGUGAAGAAAGUCAUGAAUGCAGCUCCAAGCCAAAAUGAUAACCAAAGUACGUUAUCUUUGCCGAACGUAAGAAACUUGAGUACUGAUGCACAAGCUUUGGGAAUGGUUCGGAACAAGUCAACCAACCGAAAAGUUCCGUUGCCAAAGAAAAGUAAAGAUACAGUAAAGAAAAAAUCGGUUUGCCAUAAAAUUGGUGAAACUUGCGAACUGAAUUCGAAACUACCAUGCGUCAGUGAAAAAUCUGUGAAGACAUGCGAGAAACCAUAUACUCCUGUAAGUUGUGACAAGAAACCUCCACCAUAUCCUGCAUUUUCUGAAGUCAUGGAAGAGGAAGUGGAACCAUUUUCAGAAGCUACACAGUGGACAUGCAAUAGACAAGAAUUCGGCUUCUAUCCGAGAUAUAAGAAAUUGAAUAAUCCAUUCAAAGCAGAUAAAGAUAAAAAGAACUAUACUACCACUACCCUCAUUGACAACCUCAUCGCGGUCCAAGUCCCAUCAAAAUCAAACGGCAAGGAAUAUGUUGCACAUCCAUCCAAAAAUUCCAACAACUCAGGAGAGUCCGUCAUGUCACCAAUUUUGAAGAAAAGAACCCACAAUGUUAGUGAUUUCAUGGAUAAUUCGACAUAUCUCUUAACAAAUAUUGACUACGUUCCAAAAAAGUUUUUUCAUUGUAACAACAGAACCUGUAUAGGAGCGAUAGGAACAAGUAGUACCUCACCAAAAAUUUUUUGUGUGGAUAGUAAUUCUCCAUUGAAUUCAAGAAUACACAAAUGUAUGCAACCACAGUACAGCCUGCAGAUAGUGAGAGGCAUUUGUUUCAAUAGGCCUAGAAAAAGUUCCACUAUAACCAAAACAGUAUCCUACAGAAGAGACUCAACCUUCUCGAAGAAAGAAAAAUCAAAAAAAUGUGAAAAAGAAAAAAAGAAAAAAUGCCCCAAAUUUCAAUUACAAAAUUGUCCUCCACCUCAAAUUCGACCAAAGUGCAAAGAAGAACAUCCCGUCAUUUGCGACAAAUCUGAAGCACCUUACCCCGCAUUCACAGACUGUCUUGAUGAGGAACUAGCAGAGAACUUGAGCGAGUGCCCUUUAGAAGUGGAAAAAAUCAGACAACUCCAACCCAGAUAUAUUCAACCUCUUGAUAAACCCAAACUUGUGAAACCAGUGGUACCAAUUCUUGGAACAAUCGACCUAAAGAAAGAGGAAGCUUGCAUAAAGGAAAAAUUAUGUAUAGAAAAUAAAGGUCUGUCGCAGACUUGUGACCAAUUUGGGAAAUUUCAAAAACCGAUGAGAGCGAAACAUUACAUCAAUGAUCAACAAAAGCAUCGCGAAAGAAUUGAGAAACUGAAAAAACAAGGCAAAUGGCCACCCAAAAAUUCGAGGGGUAUAUGCACCAGUACAGGAAAUAUUAUAUUGUUUCAGAGAAGAAAUGUUUGUAAAUAUGCGAAAGGACUGAACAAUAUCCAUUCAUUAGAAGAAUUCCAAGAUAAAGACGUCCUUGAAAAAAUAGAAAACACAAAAAAGAUCCAUACUCUCUUUCAUCGAAAUGUCAAAGUUAGGGAUUAUCACAUUCUGUGUAUGGAACCAAUGAAAAAACUAAGUGAGCACGAUAACAAAAUGGAUGAGGUACCACAUCAUGUGCUGACGGAAGAUGAUUCUUGUCGUUUCAGAAAGUUGAGAAAUGUUCAAUGGCGAAUCAAUAACUUUCAGAAGUGGCAUAGGCUGAAUAAAUUGAGUAGCCUACCAGGUUAUGAGAAAAGGUUCUUUUCCAGCAUGGAUCCCAGAAAUAGAUGUGUUUUCAUCGAACAUGGCCGAAAAAGCUUCAGUACAUCUGCUACAAAUAUGGUUUCACCCUGUGAAACUUUGGAUAUGCCUAUGCACAGAGGAAUUUCUACAACAUUCAUUCUGGCUGGCACUAAAAAAAGUGAGAUCAAGUAUAUACAUGUAAGGAAAGAGAAAAAAUCUCCCAAAGUAUCGAAGUCUUGUCCAAAACUGACAUUAAAAAGCUACUCCUACAAAAAACAUACAGACUUCUUCAGGAGAAAUUCCCCAAAAAAAAAUUCUAAAAAACAACAAUCACCUUAUACCGCGUAUUCCGAUAGUAAUUACACGAAUCUCACGUCAAAUAUUGAUGAAUGUCCUGUGAUGAAGGAACAAAUAGAACGCCUUCAGCCGCAGUACCAAAUUUCGCCAGAAAUAGAAACGCCUUCAGCGACCAGUUACACAUUUCAAGAUAAAUUAGAUCCAUCUAUCGAGGCAGAGUAUGCACGUCAAAAAUAUGGAAUAGAAAAUGUUGGACUUACACAGCAUUGUAGCAAUUUCGGUGAAAAAAUAAAACCACUGAGAGUAAGACUUGCUGCGGAAAGUCUCGACCUGGAUAAGUCAAAAGAGAUGAUUUGCAGAGACCAUUCAACUUCUUCCAUUGUAGUUCCAGAUUGCGGUAAAAUUCGUGAAGUUCCUAAUGUUCGUUUCUGUAGCUCGGCAGAAGUUGAAAACAUAACUAGGGUUAACAUAUCCAAUAACCAGCAAAGUAAAUGUGACAUGAUCAAAGGAAAGAAAACUCCAGAAGAUUUGUCACAAUGUAUAGAAACAAAAGUAUGUCAACAAGUGAAAGUGACAAUUCCCAGCUCAUACAAAACUUGUCCUGAACCUCCGCAAUAUUCGCAAAUAACUGAAAAGAUUAUGGAAGAGCAAACUUCAACUAAUUGUCAUGAACCUGAAGGAGAGCCUGCAUCUGAAAAAAAAGUGGAACAUGGAAAAAGACAAUCACAAAUAGAUUGUCCUGGCUUCAGCCCGAAUAAGUGUUCAAACAAAAUUUCUCUCUGGCAAAAGAUAGCAAAUUACUUCAAAGCUAGACCAAAUUGCCCGGCUCCUGAUGAAUGGAAGAAAAAAGCUGCGAGAGUGAAGGCUGAAAAGUAUGCAAAAGUGGCUGGGUUGGUUGUAGUCGAUCCAAAGGAACUCCCUCCAAAGAGAGGAAAAUGCACUCAAGAUGACUUACCCACAGUUAUAACUCAUCAAAGUUGUUAUUCGCAAAAAAAGUCUAUGGAAGAUUCGGGUAAAAAAUCAUUCAGUACAACAGCUAUAACAAAUCCCAUUCACUCUAAGUGUGGAAACAUAUGGUGUCAAGAUAGCUUAAGCAAUGGAAAUGUAUCCAGAAAUCGACAAAUACUUUUUCAAACUUCAUCUGAAGGAGACAUCAGUUUCAAUAGCAAUGAUAGAAAACAUUCAAAUGAAGAACACAUUUGUAGGCAUUCGAAAACAAUUAACGUAAAUAAAUCAUCAAACUACUCUUUUCACAAUAAUAAUAAUGAUGACUUUUUGGGUGAAGCUGAUAGAGUAGAGUUGCAUGCGUCCAGUGAAGUUGGUCAAAAUCAUUUGGAAGCAAUAGAACAACAGAACGAUGAUGUAAAAGAUGAGUUUUUCUGUGAAUAUAUACAUAUGAAUACAACUGUUGGUCAUAAUGGUCUAUUUAUGACAUCUUUGUGUGCGAUUCCAACAGAUGAAGUUGAAUUGAUAAAUAUAGAUGAGAAUAAAAGUGGGGGUAGUAUACCUGAAGGAAAUGAAUGUGAGGCUAUUCAUACGGUAACCCAGCCUCACACGAUGAAUCGAAUAUAUUCCUCAAAACCAGAAUUAUUGAACAAUAAUGGCAGUUUGAAUUAUUUGGUAAGACUAUCUGACAUUACGUCUCCUAAUUACAGAAGCAAUCUAGAUGAAAUUAACAAAGCGUUAUUCGGAACCUCACCUGUAUUAACAUUCAGCAAAAACACCUGCGAGAAUUGCUCACAUGGAAGUCACGAGAAGAUGAAGAAAGGAAUAGGGUUAUCUAACGGAAAAUCUCCUUUUAUUACGAUGAUGCGGCGUUACUAUUCGAAAAAUGCAAACUGUAGAAAUCUAGAAGAAAUCAACGAAUCACUGGAGGAAGAAGAGAAGAAGAAAAUCAAAUAUACAAACUGA